AUGGGAGUUCGAGGUUUAACUACUUACAUAAAUUACAACGAGCAUGCGUUUCUACAAGAGUUUUUGCUCCAUGAUUGUUGCCUGAUUAUUGAUGGGCAUAGCCUGUGUGCCCAAUUAUACCGAUUGCUCAACAGUUUUUCUGCAUUUGGCGGAGACUACGAUAAAAUCGCAAAUUAUGUUCGUAACUUUUUUAAAAGUCUAAGGAAAUGUAAUGUAACCCCAUAUGUCUUGUUCGAUGGAAGCUACGAGCGGAGGAAACUCAAGACAGCAUAUUCCCGCUUAAAAUCUAAAAUAUUUGGUGCAUCUAAGUUGGACCCAGUCACACAAGGCAGUAUUCAAAUUUUUCCUUUAUUACUUCGCGAUGUAUUUAGAGAAGCUCUAUCUGACAUGAAUGUACCAUAUACUGUGUGUGAAUUUGAGGCUGAUGAUGAAAUAGCGGCAAUGGCGAGGCAUUUGGACUGCCCCGUUCUGAGUUAUGAUUCAGAUUUUUUUAUUUAUAAUGUUCUUUAUAUACCUUUUAAUACUCUGGAAUUUAAACCAAGGCCAGUAGACGUUGAUGGCUCCAAAAAGAUGGCGAUGGAAUGUAAGAUUUAUAGAGUUGAGCAUAUGAUCUCAAAUUUUGGGGGUUUAAAAGAGGAACUGCUUCCUCUACUUGCUACAUUACUUGGUAAUGAUUUUGUUAAGAAGAGGGUAUUUAAUAAAUUCUUUUCUCAGUUGAAACUGCCCAAGACUAAAAAAAAGUUUAAUGAUCAACAAAGAUGCAUUCAUGGUUUGUUUAAAUGGCUUCAAAAUGAAAGUUUAGAUUCAGCUAUUGCUAAAAUUCUUGGUAGAUUGAAGAAGAAACAAAAAAAUAAAGUUCUUUUUAUUAUAAAGAGAAGCAUCGAUGGAUACAACAGUAAACAUUGCAGAUCACUUAAAUAUUUUAAUUUACCUGAAGUUGAAGUUGCCCAAUCAGAUUGGCAGCCACCUGAAGAUAUUGAUCAGGAAAUAAGUUCUUCAGAUGAUAUAGAUGAUGAAGAAGAUAACAAUGAUCACCAGUCCUCAGAGAAUGAUGUUUCUUCUGAGGAAGAAAUUGAGGAUGAAGAAACUGAUCAGUUGGUUCUGGGACUACCUGAAUGGUUUGCGGAAGGUAUUCGACGUGAGUAUAUACCGAGAUCUUACAUUAAUCUAUAUACACACCACCUAUACUUCUGUUCACCUCAAGCGGAAGAUUAUUAUGAUGAAGACUCUUUCCUGUGUUGUUUACCGUUGGUACGAUAUGCCUUUGAUUUGUUAACGGAUUUCUCUCAAGAGCAUUUCAUUUACGUCAGCAGAGAAAAAAAUACUGGUUACAAAAGAAUAUUUGUUGAUAAAGAGCUUAGUAUUGCCAGGCCUUAUGAUGACAUAUUCAGUCAAUUAACAGAAGAACAACGUAAGCUUUGUUUCAACCACUUCUUAAAAGAACAAAUGCCUAAAUUAGAUGUGACGGCAAUUGACAUAUUGCCUGCGAACUUUCGUAUUUUUUUCUUAGCCAUGCUGUGGUGGGUUGGAAAAUGUGAAGUCCCUUUAGGCAGUAUACACAGUCUUUUAAUGUCCUAUACAAUGUUAGAGGCAGUUGAUGAAAAAACCGGCACUUUCCGAGGCCACAAGCAAUUUCAAAAUAAUUAUUCUAAAAAAAUUGAGGAGUUGAAAGUCAAUUCAAUUCCUUUUAUAUACAAUAAAGAAGAACUCUUUUUGAAUAAAAACAAAGUUCAAUAUGAAGACAGUUUAUUAGCAGCCAAUGCUCUUCUUAAACAUUUUGAAUUAGACGACAAGCUUAACAAAAAGCCUAAGACUUAUGACACUAGAAAGAUGCAUAUGUUUGCUCAGUUUCAAUGCUGUCUGAUGCAAUUUAAUUGCUUGAAUACACUAUGCUGCAGUCCUUUUGAAUCGACUAAAUACUCAAAAUCUUUUAAUGGCACAUUUGUGUACAAUGUGGCAGUGAAAUUAGAAAAUCAGGCAGACCCUAAGAAUUUCUUUGAGCAGUACCUCAAAGGGGCUACUACUGUUUUAAUGUUUUAUAAAAGUUUAUGUAGUAUUUAUGAGAAAUGUGCUGAACAAAUGAAUUUGACUACAUCCAAAUGGAUGGGCAAGAAGAAAGGAAGAAGAAAGAAAACUAAUGUGGAUGAAGAUGAAAUUAAUUUUAUAGUGAAGGGUUUUGAAUCUGAAGUUAUUAUUUAA